ACCCGCCUGCCUGUUCACACAUCUUGGUCUGUUCACUCAGUUCAGUUCCUUCCCUUUUUUUCCACAUCACUGUUCUGUCCACCGAGCAUCAAUUUUAGUUCCCAACUAACACGUGUCCAACCAUGACCCUACUUGUCAGUGUCAAGGUCUGCCAGUUUACCCUCUCCCGGUGGUAACACCUGUCAAAUGUUACCCACUAGUAUAACCACUCCUCCCACCCCCAUCAUAGCGAGCAGCCUCUUCUCGUUAACAUCAAGGAGAAGAGUUACAACCUCAUCAGAGAAGCCAAGAACUCAUCUCCUCCUCUCCUCCUUCCUCAGGUGAGAUGAUGGUGGAUGAGAAGGGAAGGUGUGGGAGUGGCAGGAGCACUACUACUGGGAGCACAUGGAGGAUGUGAGCAAGAUCAGCUUCUUCAAGCUCAUGACAGGAGAUUUUCAGCAGCGGAUUAGCACACCAGAGAAGAUUGCGAAUAAUUUCAUCUGGAAGAUCGCCAAUGGAGGAUUCACCCUCAAAGCACCAAGCGGCGAGGAAUGGCGCGUUGGUGUCGAAAAGAUUGCCGAUGAGCUGUUCUUCAUGCCAGGAUGGGUGGAAUUUGCCAAGGCUCACGAACUACAGGAGAAUGACCUCCUGCUCUUCACAUGUAGUGGCAAUGGCUCCUUUGAUGUACUCAUCUUUGACGCGAGCGGCUGCGAGAAAGUUUCAUGUUUCUUUGCCAAUAAAAAGGGUACCAACAUGCACAAACAGUUCAAAAACAUUGUGGGUCAACAAGGUGAAGAACAUUGUACGUUGAGCGAUUCCGAAGAAGCUAGCAUGCCGCUGUCGGAGUCGGUUGGGUGUCCUCACAAGGCCUCCACUUCAAAGAAACCAAGGAAAGAGACUGAAUCUCCAAAGAACAACAACUAUUUUCUCAAGAACGAGGCGGUAGAGGAAGAAGAGGAAAGUGAUGACCACCACACUGAAUCCGACUACUACUACUACUCAAGGUUUGCGAAUUGCCUGAGUGAAGAUGAACGAGAGGAAAUAUUCGGCCUGGCAUCAAUUCAGUUAGGCAACCCUGUGUAUGUGGCUGUCCUGCAGAAGACUCAUGUUCGCCGCACGAAAAACUUCCUGAUCGUCCCCAGCAAAUUUGCAGCUGAUCAUCUCGAGGGUAGAUCACAUGAGAUGCUGCUUCUCAGGCCAAACAGAAAAGAGAAAUGGUAUCUGAAGUACUACCACGGGAGCGUCGCCCGAGGCUUCAACUGCCGGCGCUGGAGCAAGUUUGUUCGUGACAAUAGGCUGCGCGAAGGCUACGUGUGUGUCUUCGAGCUGAUGAAAGGCACGAGGAAGGCGACGAUGACUGUCCACGUCCUUCGGAAGGUGGACGACAAGUUUGUUCUACUGAGCUAAGUUCCUGUAUUCUCUGAUGUGCCUGAGGUUCAGUGGGGAGAACUGAACCAGCAGUAUGGAAGUAGCUUGCGGUGCCAUGCAGCUGUAUGAUGCAAGUGCACCAGUUUGUAACCUAAAAGCUAACUUCUUAGUGCGGUAUCGUUCCAGUGGAA